CCCCCCCUUUUUUCUUCCCUCUGUUGCUGUGCGGAGUUCAGUUCUGGCACAGCAGGAGCAUCAUGGAUGAGAUGCUAGCAACAGAUGCUGUGCUCCAGGACUUGCAUUCGUAGGGUUUAUUUAAACCUGGUCUGAAGGGGAAAGAAGGCAGGGGAAAAAAUCCCCAACCUAAAAAGAAGAACAAUCCUCGUCCGUUACAACAAAUAAAUCAUCAACCCUCCAAGCAAGCAACUACUCACCUUCGCUGUCAGACUGGUAGCCGCUCUCAGACCCUGGUCCGUGGGGCACCGCACAAGCUUGGGCGCAUAGGCACACUCAGACCUUGCUUCCUCAGCUAUGCCGGGCCCAGGAGCCAACUGUGCAGUGGCUGGAGAGAAAAGGACCCCCUUCUGUGAUGGGAGAGAAGAAAGCCCGUUAGGAUCAAAAGCCGAGAGCAGCGAGGGGAAUGCCAGCUAUAGCCAGCAGAUUGUCUGGAGGAAUGUCGUCCUAAUGACACUGCUUCACAUCGGAGCUGUGUACUCCCUCUGCCUCAUUCCCAAGGCCCAGCUGCUUACUUUGAUCUGGGCAUAUUUGUGUUUCCUAAUGACGGCUCUGGGGGUGACAGCUGGUGCACAUCGUUUAUGGAGUCAUAGGUCCUACAAAGCCAAGCUGCCUUUGAGGAUGUUCCUGGCUGCAGCUAACUCCAUGGCUUUUCAGAAUGACAUUUUUGAGUGGUGUCGAGACCACCGGGUGCAUCACAAGUACUCAGAGACGGACGCUGACCCCCACAAUGCGUGUCGUGGCUUCUUCUUCUCCCAUAUCGGCUGGCUCUUUGUCCGCAAGCAUCGCGAUGUCAUAGAAAAAGGCAGGAAGUUGGAUUUCACUGACCUGCUGGAUGACCCUGUUGUGCGGUUUCAAAGAAAGUACUAUAAGAGUUCAGUAGUGCUAAUGUGCUUUGUGAUCCCCACCCUGGUGCCCUGGUACAUCUGGGAGGAGAGUCUGUGGAAUUCCUACUUCCUUGCUUCCAUCCUUCGUUACACCGUCUCACUCAACGUCACCUGGCUGGUCAACAGCGCAGCUCACAUGUACGGCAAUCGACCCUAUGACAAGUACAUCAGCCCCCGGCAGAAUGCAUUUGUCACUUUAGGAGCCAUUGGUGAAGGCUUCCACAAUUACCAUCACACCUUUCCAUUUGAUUAUUCAGCCAGCGAGCUUGGCUUGAAAUUCAACCCAACCACAUGGUUCAUUGACUUCAUGUUUUGGUUGGGGUUGGUUACUGACCGAAAACAGGCUCCCAAGGAGAUGAUCUUAGCCCGCAAAGAGAGGACUGGUGAUGGCAGUGCUUGAAAAUGUAACAUUUCUGUGUAAAUCGAUGCUGUCGUGUGUGUCUGUAUGUGUGUGUGUGUGUGUGCAUUUUUUCUUUGGGAAAAAUAGUUUUUUCAGAUAAAAUGGGCUAAAUUAAUCCCUGGGAUAACUCCGUUUACUUUAGUGGCUUUAUGUCAGGGGUGAAUUUCGUCCCAAUUCUUUUCGUAUUAGCUGUUUUAUGUCCAAAUCCCAGACUAUUAAGUGUAAAAAUAUUGGAUAUUAUUUAAUAUUAGUGUUAAACAUCCUAGAUCUUUGAUUUUAGUCAUUCUAGUUUAAGUCCAGUGUACACUGUAAUAUGCUUGUUCGUGUUAACCCUGGCAAGAUGGAGGAGUUAACUAUCCUUUCAAAGUGCGGUCCAGGUGAAUGUUUGUUUUGUUUUUACUAGUCGACCAAACAUACUUUGAGACAUAAUUUUUGGGGGGGGGGAGGCGAGGGGGGUUGCAGAUAGGGCCUGAUAUGCUGUUGCAAAAACAAACAGAAAAGAAUGUUUAAAAAAUCCCCUGUACUGGGGAAAAUCAGUUUUAAAAAAGAUGUUUGUCUGAAAAUCUGUUUCCUUAUUUUUCUUUAUCCUGGUUGCAAGACCCUUGCUCCACUGUCUUUGUUUAUAUGAAAUUCAUUUAUUGCUAAGCAGGCUUUUGUGUUAAAAGCUACACACUAUACAAGCCAAAAUACAAACUGAUGCCAUGCUUAGCUGAUUCGUUCAUUGUCACAUAAACAUUGUAACUCGUAAUGAUAUACUGCUCAACUAUGUCUUAAACCAAAAAAAAGCUUCGAUUUAAAUGUUUGGAGACCUAAUUUAUAUUCUAACAGGUCACAACCACAGCUGCAUGCAUAUUUUAGCUACUUCUGCACAAUAGGUGUCUUAAUUUUUUUCCCAGCUUUCACUAUCAGGUCUUUAAAACCUGGCCUUUAUCUAGAUCACAGUUUUUCCUUAUGUUACAACUGCAUGCAGCCUCUAUUGGUUUCAGAGCAAAAUAUAUAUUAAAAAAGUUAUGUAGCUUCUGGAUUUAACAGUUGCCUUGUAAUGUCCGAUUUAAUGGGACCUACAGCCCUUUGUAUUAGAUGGUAGCCAGUGCAGGAGAAAGGCUUUAUAUUGUCUGCACUGGAGCACUUUUGAAGACAGAGGGCCUGAUUCUCAUUUACAGGGUUUGUCUACACUUAAAAUGCUACAGCUGCACCGCUUCACGGCCUAUGCUGAUGGGAGGGGUUAGGUACUCCACCUCCCCGAGAGGCACUAACUAGCUCGAUGGAAGAAUUCUUCUAUCAACCUAGCGUUGUCUACACAGGGGCUUAGGUCAGCUUAACUAUGUUCUGGGGUGUGUGGAUUUUUCACACCCCUGACCAACAUAGUUAAACCGGUCUAAUUUUCUAGUGUAGCCCAGGCCUAAGAUUCCCUUUGCCCUUUUCUGGCAGCGUGCAUGUGCCCACUUUCACGCCCAUUUACACUGCAAAGGGAGGAGGGAGGGAUGGUCUUAGUAUAAAUGAGAAUCAGGCCAAGUUAUUUUCAGGAAAGAUGUACAAUUUUCAAACCAAACUCAGUUCUUUUGGGUUUGUUUCAGUUUUCUUUAGUUUUGUUUUUUUAAAUGAUGCCAAUAUAAAAUAAUUGUCCUUAUUCUGUACUUCAUCCAGCAGGUGUUUAACAGUGUUAAUUUGCCAUUAAUGACAUGUAAACUCUUGAAUAAUUUACAAUAAACAGCUAUGAAUUA